AUUGUGGGAGCAGCAGCAGAGCUAAUGAUUACUGUGCCACAAGCUCAGCCGGAUCUCCCACGCCUCCUUCCCGACACAGUCUCUACAGUAAUGGCUACUAGCCACUCACCAUGAACUGCCGCUGCUGCCAGGGACCCCCUCAGAAUGGCCACCGCUCAGCCUGGAUCUUAAUUCUGCUGGUCAUUCUUGGCUCCUGCAUGAACCCCGUAUUAAAGAGCAUUUUCUCUGAGCUCCACUCGGCGAUCAGCGGCAGUUACAUCUCAGGAAGCAAUUCCUUGGUUUUCGUCAAUUGCCCGAAUGAGCAAAUUGCAAAAGAGAUUGCCAGGGGUAUCUUAGAGAAGAGGCUAGCUGCUAGUGUGAACAUCAUGCCGAAGACGUCAGUUCUGUCCAUCUCGAAUGGAGAAAUCGAGGAAUCUACUGAAAUACUCCUUAUUAUAAGGACAAAGACAUCAGAGAUGCAUGAAUUGUUUGCUUAUAUCCGGUUUGUUCACAUCUUCGAAACCCCUGAUUUUAUCAGUGUUGCGAUUGACCAAGGAAACCUGGAUCAUCUGAAAUGGAUCGAAAAUUUGAUGUCGGAAAACUAAUUGUAAAGCUGGAUUUAAGAUACAUUUUGCCAUUUGUUAGGGAUGUGAGGUUGUCCUACACAGAUACAGGUAGUGAGAAACCGGUGAUGUGCUUAUAGAACAACCACCAAUAUGUUCCUCGGUCUGCUAAACCUGCAAGUUGCAGAUUGAACCAGUCUAGGUCAGUGCUCAGGUCUAAAUUUUCAUCAAACACCACUAAUAGCAAGGCUAGAGAUAUAGGAAAACAUUGAUGUAUCAGUCAUAGUUCUAAGAACCUUGAGUUCACCCCAAAUCAUACUUCUAAGUGAUCUUCAAGCGGGGCUUUCAGGGGUAUCAAUGAGAACACAGAGGAAUUCUUCUCAAAUCUCCACUUUAGGCUGAGCUCCAAGCCCCAUGGUUUGGGCACCAUUGUUUAGGUGUUCUAGUAACAUGGAUGCCAUAAUGAGUAAGUGCCAGCUGGGUUGGGGAGAAAGAGAGAACUCUUCUGAUCAUUAACCAAAUAGCCUGAUCUUUCUGAGUUAGGGAAUAGGCAGUCUAGAUGGGUCAGUAACCACAGAAACAGAAGGGGGAGUUGGGUAGAUGCAGGGUGCACCUGUGUUUGAAGUAGGGUAGAUCCUGAUUUCAGGUAGUUAAAUUGGUAGUGCAGAUGUGUCAGUUACUUAGAAACUACAAUGUGUAGGGGGAAGAACACCAAGUCCGUUACACCCCACACAAGGGCAUCUCUCCAAGUGCCUCUGUUGAACUUCUUUAGGUGCCUUCAAACAAUAUGGAACAAUCUUUGCAUUUUGCCCAACUUUUUCUAUGAUCAGUUUUGUCAGGUGACAUUAGAGACAUGACAAAAAGGAAGGAAAGCAGGAGUUUAGGAAGGAAGGAAAUAAAAAUGUAAAUAGCAAGAGGAGGAGGAGCAAUCCAUUGAUACCUUGUGUAUGCUCUACACGGAAUGAAUACAAUGUGCGUUUUGUAUAUUUGUGAUGAAAGCUAAAUUGUGUUUAUGAUUUAAAGGUUAAUCAUACCAAAGGAUCGGGAGGGGACAGGGCUGUACAUUCUUUAGGCAAAUAUUCUACAUCAAAAUGAAUUAACAUUUGUGUUGUGAGGUUUCUGAAAUAAAUUUUUAUCAGGUU